UCCAAAAUCCAUAGCAAUGGCGACUUCAAUAGCUCGAUUCUCUCGAAGAGCAUUAACUCCCAACCCGAUCCGUCGCUUCUUCGCCACUUCCGCGGCGCUCGCGACGAACGCGGAGGCGCCGAAGCCAAAACUGACUGUAUCACCGUCUCCGGAUCGUGCGAAAUGGGACUACAGAGGACAGAGGCAGAUCAUCCCUCUGGGGCAGUGGCUUCCCAAGGUAGCCGUCGACGCCUACGUGGCGCCAAACGUGGUAUUAGCCGGCCAGGUCACGGUCUGGGACGGCUCUUCCGUCUGGAACGGCGCCGUUUUGCGCGGCGAUCUCAACAAGAUCACUUUGGGGUUUUGCGCGAAUGUUCAGGAACGGUGUGUUGUCCACGCCGCGUGGUCUUCACCAACAGGAUUACCAGCAGAGACGUUGAUCGACAGGUACGUGACAGUGGGCGCAUACAGUCUUCUGAGAUCAUGUACCAUCGAACCAGAGUGCAUCAUAGGGCAACACUCUAUACUAAUGGAAGGUUCGCUUGUUGAGACCCGGUCAAUCCUGGAAGCUGGUUCGGUUGUGCCACCAGGAAGAAGGAUCCCGUCAGGUGAGCUAUGGGGAGGCAAUCCAGCAAGGUUUAUAAGAACACUAACUAACGAAGAAACCUUGGAGAUCCCGAAACUCGCUGUAGCCAUCAACCAUUUGAGCGGAGAUUACUUCUCUGAGUUCUUGCCUUACUCCACUGUCUACUUGGAGGUAGAGAAGUUCAAGAAGUCCCUUGGUAUCGCUGUUUAGAAGUCUCUCUACAAGCUUCUCUUGUGGGUUUCAUGUGCUUAUGUCCGUCUCUAUUGAUUGCAAUAAGUAGGUGAAGAACAUCAAAAACAUUCAAAUGUUUUGUCUCUCUAUUUUUUGGUUUCUUUGUAAACUGAUUUUGGCUGGAUAUUGCCUGAGUGAUAAUGGCGAGAACUUCUUGUUUUGUUGUCUA